UUCUCGAUUCUUGCGUGCUUACGUUCAGCAACAGAAAGUGCUUUCUGACAAAAUGAAAUUCGUUGCAGUGUUUGCCUUCCUGUGCCUGGCCGGUCUGUGUUUGGCCGAAGAAACCUCCAUUGUGGCCGACGAUAAGGAGAUGAACGUCGAUGGAAGCUACAACUUCCGCUACGAACAAUCGGAUGGUCAGAAGCGCGAGGAAAAGGCUGAGCUGAAGGCAUCGGAAACGAAUCCGGACGUACAGGCCAUCUCGGUGAGCGGAUCGUACGAGUACACGGAUACCGAUGGCAAGCGCUACCUCGUCACGUACACCGCCGACGAGAACGGUUACCGUCCGAUGGUGAAGCAGCUUUAAGUGCUCGCACUACCAGUAGAGGAAUGGUUUAGCUUUAGCAGAAAGAGAGAGAGAGAGAGAGAGAGCGAGUGAGAUGUU